GCUGGGCGCCAGAGGUGCCACUAGAGCCGAGAUGACGCCUGUGCUGGGAAUGUCCGGCCCAAAAGACACAUCGUUCCUCCAUGGCUACCGCUCGGCCUUGGCGGUCCUGUCUGGAGCCAGCAAUGGCGUCACGACAUCAGUGUACAACAGGAUCUAUCGCAAGCACAGCUUCAGUGUGCGCCGCACUUUCAGCGACCUUUUAGCUCGCUACUAUGGAGCCGGGGUGGAGGUGCUACCAAGAGACGCCGGGAAGGCCGCUGAGGUCAUCAACAACCAGGCGUCGGUGGCAACGCGCGGACACAUCAAGGACCUGGUGACAAGUGCCGACGUCAGCAACGCCGUACUGGUGCUCUUCAGCGCCGUGUAUUUCAAAGGCACCUGGCUUUAUCGCUUUGACAAGGGCGGACAGAAGCCGUUUUUGACACCGCGCGGCGAUCGGCCGACAAACAUGAUGAAGUUGAAAGCGGAGCUUGGUUACACCAGCCGACCUCACUUCGAUGUAGUGUCGUUGCCGUACCAAAACAAAGAUUACAGUUUGUUAGUGCUGCGCCCGCACAGUCGCUCGCUGGCUGCCGUUGCCAGGCUGCAGAAGUCUCUGGACGGUCUGGACGUGUCCCGGUUAUACAGCCAACUGAGUCAGCGGCUAGUCCGUGUACUGAUGCCGCCCUUCAAGAUCGAGCGUCGCUAUGAGCUGCCCGCCCACAUGCAAAACCUAGGUAUCCGGAGGAUUUUCCAAGUGCAGGCGGAGUUCGGCGGUAUCACGUCGCGAAACAUCUUUGUCAGCAACAUCAUCCACAAGGCGUGUGACGGCCACAUCAAUGUGCUCGGCUGCGAUGGCACGGCCGUCAACACCGAGACGAUAGGCGUGUUCCGACUGUUUGAGCUGGUCAUCGAGUCACCAGUACACUGUUUCAUCCACCAGUUGCACCGCAACGAGUCGCACAGCCUCCACUGCGAGAUUCAGUGA